GAACGAUUCUUUUCAGCAAUCUUCAGCACACGACAUUCAUUUCUCAAAACUGAAUAUUGAGUUUACAAUUCAAUGUCAAUGUACACGAGACUUCAGGCAUUGAAAUACCUCAAUACAUGUAAGAAGGACACGAAGAUCAUAAACGAUUUACAACCUCUUUCCAAAUUGUUCAAAUCUGAAAGCAAACCUCAGAUUUCAGAGGAAGUCAAGCAGAUUAUGGUACCAGAAUUUCGAGGUCACGUAAGCAAAUCAGGACAGAGCGCAGAGCACAGAAGGUCUUAUGGGAUUGGUCCAAAUCAUCGCGUUCAUUUCUACAAUCAUGGUCACGAGGCCAGAUACCAUGGUUACGAGAAAAUUCAUCAAUACCAACCAAUAACCAGAGACUAUUCACCACGUGGCUAUCGAUCGUAUCAUGAGUACAAGCAGAUUUAUGAAUAUGAUGAUCCGUGGGAAUAUUCUGACUACAUAGACUACAGACCUAGGCUUCAAAAACAUAGGCGGAAAGCGAACGGACGAUUUAUCAAAGUACAAUCUAAGUUGGUGUAACCUCAGAAGUGUUGAAGUGAUAUCUUUAUUGAAAAGAAACAGUUAUAUUAUAUCAUGAUUCGUUAAUUCACAUCUUCCUUACAUACAUGAAAUGAUUGUAGAAAGUAUAAACUUUUAGAAUGUAAUCUUUUGAAAGGAGAACUAAAUUGCAUUUGAACGGCGUUUUGAAUUACAGUUCUCUCCCUUUUCAAUUGCUUUUACAUCUGUAGUAAAUUGUCAGAAUUUGUUGGGGGCAUAAUGUGCUAUAUCGCAAAGAUAAAGAGUGUAAUUGAUGAAACAGUGAUCAAUGGUGAAUAGCAAAAUUUAAGCGAAUCCAUUUUGUGUCUGUCACUCUCUGCGUUUCAGGUAAUUAGAUAUGCUGUCUUUACAUUCACUAAAUGCUAGUCUAUCCAAAGCUAGGAGCCUGCUAUGUUUCUCACAGCAAUCCAUUGAAAUGCAAUGUCAAUGAACUCAGUUUUAGAAAUGGGAG